GUUUGUCACGAAGCACAUGUUAACGCUAUAUCAGAAUAAUGUGCGAGUAUAGGAAUGGAAUUAGUAAAAUUAACAUUCUCUGACAUAUUACAUAAUGCCUCACAUAUUGAUCCCGCCAGGACGUGGGAUCUGACAGAUGUACUGAUUGCCCUGUCACACGCUUACUGUUAGCCGUACAGCACACCGGCCACAUUAUUGAUCUGUAUUUUGAGGAGGGGGGGCGUUUAAAAAGAGAUGUAAAAAGCACGGUUUUCCACCGCCCCGGAGGGUUUUCGCGUCAGAUUCGGCGUGACGCACGUCGGGCUGUGUUACAUAGGUUUGCGUAGGGCGUGAUUGCGCGGCCCCUCCCCCUCCACAGUCUAUCUGGGAAAAAAAAAAAAGAAAAAAAAACUUUUUGUAUCGAAGGAAUCAACAGCCGCCAUCUUGUCGCGGCUGAGAAUCGGGCUUUCGGCGUAGCGUUAUUUUUUUUUAUUCCGAAGCGGAGCAUCCGAACCGACGCCGGAUGGUUUUAGACCGCCGAGCGGCACAAGCUUGGCCGAUUUUAGCGCGGUUUCUUGCAGCAUAAUAAUAAUAAUAAUAUUAACGCCGGGCGCUGGCUCGGGCUUUCCGUCGGCUAGAAAGCCCCAGUAUAUCUGUUUUCCCCUCCAGAAAGCGCCGCUUCUCUCGGCUGCUCGGUUCCCAGCCGUAUUGUUUACCGGGAGCGACCGGCGGGGAGACAGUGGAGGGGCGACUGAAUAGCGGCGGUAUCGGUCUUUUCCCUCGCCGGUGUCCUUUACCGGAGACCUAUAUGCAUUUUGCAGCAAAUGGAUUGACGUCAGAAAAAAAUGGUUAUUUAAAGAUGCGAAUUUAAGGACUCGCGGGGGGGAAGGAGCAGAAAAACCCCUCGCGGGUGCUUUUUAUUUAUUUUUUAUUUUGAUUUUCGUUUUUUUUCGAGGUACAAUAAAUUUGGGGGGCGAUUAUUAAUGAUAAUAAUGUGGGUGUUGGGUGUUGGAUUAUCAUGGGGUGAAUGGCGGUGGCGAAGCGGGGCGCUGUUGCUGCGUUUUUGAAGCGUUUCUCCGCUCGCUGCUAGCUUACUAGCCGGCUAGCAAAUACACCCCCCCUCCCAUUUUAAACGUGCAGGGCGGCCUGUCUGGAUUUCACCCGCUGCUGCGUGUGUGGGAUUUCCAUCUUAUUACUUUACAAAUUUAAAACCUAAAAAUUACACCCGAUUAUCUGAGAAGAGAGGCGCGGUACCCCCCAGAAUGGCAGACUUGUUGGACGUCGGACCCCCAAACCCGAAGCGUCCGAAGCUGAAUUCACCUGCGCUGUCCGCCUCCGAUGGUCCAGUAGACCUAGGGUCCUUCUUCGACCUAGAGAAUGACCUGCCGGAUGAGCUGAUCCCCAAUGGCGACCUGGGUCUGAUGGGCCUGCCUUCCAAUGGAGCGGCGGGGGCCUCGGCGGCUGCUACUGGGAUGGUACCGGAUGCUGCCGCCAAGCAUAAGCAGCUGUCAGAGCUCCUCCGGGCGGGGAGUGGAUCCGCUCUCUCCGGCACCAUUAACUCUGUGGGCCCCCAGCUAAGUGCUCUGAACAAGGGCCUCCAGCCACCCGCAGGCUCCCCCACCCUGUCCCCCCAGACCCAGAAGCAGGUGGCGGCACCCGCUGGGCAGAAUAACGCAGGCCUUGGGCUCCCCGCCGGAUUCGGUCAGGCCCACGGGCUCCUGGGGCAGAACUCGCAGACUCAGCCCGGCCAGGUGAUGAACGGAUCGCUGGGUCCGACGGGCCGUGGCCGGGGGGGCCCGGGGCUGCAGUACCAGGGCCAGGCCAUGCAGGGGGCGCCAUCGGCCACGGCCGGAGGCGGCGGAGGAGCAGCGGGACCUGGCAGCGGUGGAGCAGGACCUGGCGGCACGGGUAGUGUGCUGGCGGAGACUCUCGCCCAGGGGACCCCCCAGAUGGUUGCGCACCCCGGCAUGAACAGCCAGCAGGCCGGGAACAUGAGCAAGAUGGGUCUGUCGGGGAGCAGCAGUCCAUUCGGCCAGCCGUAUGCACAGGGCGGCGGCCAGGCGCUAGGGGGCGCCGCAGUCAACACCCAGCUUCAAAACAAGACAACCCUCUCCAACAGCAUGGCCACGUUCCCCGCAGAGCUGAAGGGUGCCACCGUGUCAGGCGUGCCGAACUUGUCCCAGAUGCAGCAGCAGCAGCAGCAGCAAGCUCCAACCCCGCAGCAGCCACAGCCCCAACCACAGGUGCCCUCCGUAGGCAUGGUGUCCAGCCAGGGCGUGUCCACGGGCCCCACCGCCGACCCGGAGAAGCGCAAGCUGAUUCAGCAGCAGCUGGUCCUGCUGCUGCACGCCCACAAGUGCCAGCGGCGCGAGCAGGCCAACGGGGAGGUGCGGCCGUGCUCCCUGCCCCACUGCCGCACCAUGAAGAACGUCCUGAAUCACAUGACUCACUGCCAGGCCGGCAAGUCCUGCCAGGUGGCCCACUGUGCAUCCUCUCGACAAAUCAUCUCGCACUGGAAGAACUGCACUCGGCACGACUGCCCCGUCUGCCUGCCCCUGAAGAAUGCCAGCGACAAGAGGAGCCAGCAGCCGCUGCUGAGUUCUCCCAACACUAGCCUGCAGAACGCUAUCGGCACUGUGGGCUCUGGCCAGCAGGCCACGCCCACCAUCAACAGCGCCACGCCCAUCGACCCCAGUUCCAUGCAGAGGGCCUACGCGGCGCUGGGCCUGCCCUAUGGCAACCAGCCCGCAACACAGGCGCAGCAGCAAGUCCACGGGCAGCCAAACGCCCAGGCGCAGCAGCAGCACCAGCAGAUGCGGCCCAUCAACGCAAUCGGCACUAACCAGAUGAACAUGUCCGUAAACACAUCGGAACAGACUGGCCUGCACCCAGACUCUGCGCUGCCGCCCUCGCUUCCCGGCCAGCUGAUGCCGGAUGGGGCAGCUGUGGGCACCUUGAGCAACCUGCCUACAGCCGCGCCGCUCUCUGCCACAGGCGUGCGCAAAGCCUGGCACGAGCACGUCACCCAGGACCUGCGCAACCAUUUAGUGCAUAAGCUAGUUCAAGCCAUCUUCCCAACCCCCGACCCUGCGGCCUUGAAGGACAGACGGAUGGAGAACUUGGUGGCCUACGCUCGCAAGGUUGAGGGAGACAUGUACGAGUCUGCGAACAGCAGGGAUGAGUACUACCACUUCCUGGCCGAAAAGAUCUACAAGAUCCAGAAGGAACUGGAGGAGAAGCGGAGGUCACGGCUGCAGAAGCAGGUUGGACAGGCGCCCAUGGCGGGCCCCGGGGCCCAGCAGCCGGGUCUCGCCCAGCCGAAUGCCUUGGGGCCCGCGCAGGGAGGACGUCCACCCAAUGGACCUGUGCCUCUGCCCACUGUGCCAAACCAGAUCAUAAAUCGCAUGCAAGUCACACAAGGGAUGAGUCAGUUCGCCCCCAUGGCGAUGCAGAGUGUGCAGAUGUCGCCGGCGUCCCUGGGUGCCCGCGCCGCCUCCCCCAUGAGCCACCCCGUGCAGAUGAACAUGAGCUCUGUCCCAACGAUGGGAAUGUCCCCUUCCCGGAUGCCCCAGGCCCAAAGCAUGAUGGGAGCGCAUGGCAACAACAUGGUGGGCCAGACUGCAAACCAGGCCCAAUUCAUGCCUCAGACUCAGUUCAGCGGGGCCCUGAAUGUGAACGUGGGUUUGGGGCAGCCCGGUGCACAGGCUCCCAUCCCCCAGCAGCAGCAGCAGCCACCUCCACAGCAGAACGCUAACCUCACCAUGAAUGCCCUCGGCCCCAUGGCGCCCCAACUGCCCUGUGCCCCGCCCACCCAGCCCUCACUGCAUGGCACGCCGCCCCCUACCUCAGUAGCCGGUGGCCCCGGCCUGCAGCAGCUCCAGCACGUCACUCCCCCGCAGGCCCAGCCGUCAAGCCGGGCCUCCACCCCUGCCCCCCCGCCGGGCCCCACCCCCAUGCAGGGGACGCCGCCUGCCCCAGCCCAGCCGCGCACGCCUCUGCCUCCCCAGCCGGAUCCCGUUGCGCAGAUCCAGCAGCCCCUGUCUGCACAGCCGCAGCCCCCCACCACUCCGCUUUCCCAGGCUGCGACCGGUGCAGACAACCGUGUUCCCACUCCAUCCUCCGUGCUGGGGGGUGAGCUGCACACUCAGCAUGCCCUACCUGACCGGCCUGUUCACGAGCCCAAAGCCGAGCCUCGGGACGAAGAGCAGGACUUUGAGUCCGGAGGGUUGAAGUUGGAGCCCAAAGCGGAGUCGGAGGACGACUCCUCAUCCCUGGUGAAGAAGGAGGAUCCAGAGGGCUCAGACUUCAAGCAGGAGCCCAUGGACGUGGAGGAGAAGGUAGAGGCAAAGCCAGAGCCCAAGGAGGAAGAUGAGGAGGGCGGGACCAACGGCUCCACCACAUCCACACCCGCCUCACAGUCCCGCAGGAAGAUCUUCAAGCCUGAGGAGCUGCGCCAGGCCCUGAUGCCCACACUGGAGUCCCUGUACCGCCAGGACCCCGAGUCGCUGCCCUUCCGCCAGCCUGUGGACCCCAUGAGGCUGGGCAUCCCGGACUACUUCGACAUCGUGAAGAACCCCAUCGACCUGUCCACCAUCAAGCGCAAGCUGGACACGGGCCAGUACCAGGAGCCCUGGCAGUACGUGGACGACGUCUGGCUCAUGUUCAACAACGCCUGGCUCUACAACCGCAAGACCUCGCGCGUCUACAAGUACUGCUCCAAGCUGGCCGAGGUCUUCGAGCAGGAGAUCGACCCGGUCAUGCAGAGCCUGGGCUACUGCUGCGGGAGGAAGUACGAGUUCUCACCUCAGACGCUCUGCUGCUACGGCAAACAGCUCUGCACUAUUCCUCGAGACGGCACAUACUUCAGCUACCAGAACAGGUACCACUUCUGUGAGAAGUGUUUCAACGAGAUCCAGGGGCACAGCGUCACCCUCGGCGACGACCCUGCACAGCCUCAGACUAUGAUAUCUAAAGAGCAGUUUGAGAGGAAGAAAAAUGACACAUUAGAUCCGGAACCGUUCGUUGAAUGUAAGGAUUGCGGACGGAAGAUGCACCAGAUCUGCGUGCUACACUACGAAGUCAUCUGGCCCGCAGGUUUCAUCUGCGAUGACUGUCUGAAGAAGACUGGGAGAACAAGGAAGGAGAACAGGUUUUCUGCCAAAAGGCUGCAGACCACCAAGCUGGGAACAUACAUAGAAGACCGGGUCAACAAGUACCUGAAGCGGCAGAGCCACCCCGAGGCCGGGGAGGUGUUCGUGCGGGUGGUGGCCAGCUCCGAUAAGACAGUGGAGGUCAAACCUGGGAUGAAGUCCAGGUUUGUGGAUAUAGGUGAGAUGGCAGAAAGCUUCCCAUACAGAACCAAAGCACUUUUCGCUUUCGAAGAGAUAGAUGGAGUGGACGUGUGCUUCUUCGGGAUGCAUGUGCAGGAGUACGGCUCGGACUGCUCCUUCCCCAACACCAGACGGGUAUACAUAUCGUACCUGGACAGCAUUCACUUCUUCAGGCCCCGGAUCCUCCGAACUGCAGUCUACCACGAGAUCCUGAUUGGUUAUCUGGAGUAUGUGAAGAAGCUUGGGUACGUCACAGCACACAUCUGGGCCUGCCCGCCCAGCGAGGGGGACGAUUACAUCUUCCACUGCCAUCCGGCCGACCAGAAGAUCCCCAAGCCCAAGCGGCUGCAGGAAUGGUACCGGAAGAUGCUGGACAAGGCCUUUGCUGAGAGGAUCCUACAUGACUAUAAGGACAUCUUCAAGCAAGCAACGGAGGACCGGCUGACCAGCGCCAACGAGCUUCCGUACUUCGAGGGCGACUUCUGGCCCAAUGUGCUGGAGGAGAGCAUCAAGGAGCUGGAACAGGAGGAGGAGGAGCGCAAGAAGGAGGAGAACACGGCAGUCUGCGAGCCGCCAGAGGGGACGCCCGGCGACAGCAAGAACGCCAAGAAGAAGAACAGUAAGAAGACCAACAAGAACAAAAGCAGUGUAAGCCGGGCCAACAAGAAGAAGGCCGGCAUGCCCAACGUAGCCAACGACCUGUCCCAGAAGCUCUACGCCACCAUGGAGAAGCACAAGGAGGUGUUCUUCGUGAUUCACCUGCAUUCGGGGCCCAUGGUGAACACCCUGCCGCCCAUCAUGGACCCGGACCCGCUGCUGACCUGCGACCUGAUGGACGGGCGCGACGCCUUCCUGACGCUGGCGCGCGAUAAGCACUGGGAGUUCUCCUCGCUGCGGCGCUGCAAGUGGAGCACCAUGUGCAUGCUGGUGGAGCUGCACCACCAGGGCCAGGACCGCUUCGUCUACACCUGCAACGAGUGCAAGCACCACGUGGAGACGCGCUUCCACUGCACCGUCUGCGAGGAUUUCGACCUGUGUAUCAACUGCUACAACACUAAGGGCCACGAGCACCAGAUGGUCAAGUGGGGCCUGGGCCUGGACGACGACAGCAACGGCCAUGGAGGCGAGGCGUCCAAGAGCCCGCAGGAGAGCCGCCGCCUCAGCAUCCAGCGCUGCAUCCAGUCGCUGGUGCACGCCUGCCAGUGCCGCAACGCCAACUGCUCGCUGCCUUCCUGCCAGAAGAUGAAGCGCGUGGUGCAGCACACCAAGGGCUGCAAGCGCAAGACCAACGGCGGCUGCCCCGUGUGCAAGCAGCUGAUCGCGCUCUGCUGCUACCACGCCAAGCACUGUCAGGAGAACAAGUGUCCCGUGCCCUUCUGCCUCAACAUCAAGCACAAGCUGCGCCAGCAGCAGCUGCAGCACCGUUUGCAGCAGGCGCAGAUGAUGCGCCGACGCAUGGCCACCAUGCAGGGCCGUGGCGCCCCCCAGAGCUUGCCCUCCCCGCCUACCUCAGCGGCCACACCCGGCACACCCACCUCCCACCAGCAGCCUGGCACACCACAGACCCCGCAGCCUCUGCCUCCGCCUCCAUCUCAGCCAACCACACCCAGUGGCGGCAUCCUCUCUCCCGCCUUCCAGGCCAGCCCACGAGCCGGCCAGCCCCCGGCCCCCGCCUCUCAGGGCAAGCCACAGGGCCCGCAGGCUUCACCCCUGCACCAGCAGCAGUCACCCCUGCCCCAGCAGCCCCAGGCACAACAACCCCAGCCUGCCCAGCAGCAGCAACCGCAGCAGCAGCAGCAGCCACCACCAGCUGCGGUGAAGAUGGCGCGGCACAUCGAGCGUGUCGCCCAGGCGCAGCAGCAGAACCAACAUCUCGGCUACCGGGUCAAUAUGAAUGGCUUGCACCAGCAGCGCCCGCCGGGGCCUUUGCCGGGCACCAUGCAGCUAGUUGGCCCCCGUGGUCCCCCGGUCAUGCAAGCCGUGCCACCUGGCCAGUGGCCCGGAGGCCCUCAAGGGCCCAUGCAGGCCACACUGUCCCCACAACAACAACAGCAGCAGCAGCAGGUCCCUCCCCAGCAGCAACUUCCUCCCCAGGGUCCCCAGGCAGCCAUGCCCAUGCAGAGGCCCCUGAUGCCCCAGCAACCACCCCGCAUGCCUGGCACUGCUCCGCCACCGCAGGGCCCUUCACAGCAGACCCCCCAGCAAGGGGGCCCCAUCGCUGCUGCCGCUUUGCAGGACCUCCUGCGCACACUCAAAUCACCCAGCUCGCCGCAACAGCAGCAGCAGGUCCUCCGCAUCCUCAAGUCCAACCCGCAGCUCAUGGCCGCCUUCAUAAAGCAGCGGACUGCUAAGUACCAGGCCAGCCAGCCGCCGCAACAACAGCAGCAGCAGCAGGUGCAACAGCAGCAGGCCCCACCACCGCAGCAGGCCCCGCAGGGCAUGCACACAGGCCAGUCCAACCUUGCAGGCCUGGCCCCCGUGCCUGGUGGGGCGGUGCAGCGGCCCGGCAUGCCCCCCCAGCCACCCCAGCAGGGCAUGGGAGCUCUGGUGUCACAGGGGCAACUAAUGAACCCCGGACACAACCCCAGCCCACAGCUCCAGGAGCUGUAUCGCCGGCAGCUUAUACAGCGACAGCAGCAGCAACAGCAACAGCAGCAGCUGCAGGGCUCCAUGGCCCAGUCCCACGGCCAGUUCCCCCAGUCCCAAGCCUCCACUGCAAGCUACUCCCAGCUCCGCAUGCAACAGCAGCAACAGCAGCAGCAGCAGCUGGCCAUGCAGGGUCAGCUGUCUUCCAAGCCGCAGAUGGGCAUGGAUGGCUCGCAGAAUCUCCUGCACCCGCGCCUGCUCCAACAGCAGCAGCAGCAGCACCCGCAGCAGCAGGCCAUGCUGAAGUCGCAGAUGGGCUCGCCCGCUCAGCCCGGUCCCAUGAGUCCUCAGGCACACAUGCUCCCCGGCCAAGUGCGGUCACCCGCCCCUGUGCAGUCACCCUGCCCGCCAUCGCAGCAGCAGCCCCCUCCGCAUUCCAGCCCCUCGCCCCGGAUACAGCCGCAGCCCUCCCCGCAGCACGUACCCACCCACACGGGCUCGCCCCACCCCGGCCUGGCUGCCCCCAUGGCCGGCCCUUUGGAUCAGGGGCACCUAGGCACGCCGGAGCAGAGCGCCAUGCUCCCGCAGCUGAACACGCCCAGCCGCGGAGGACUUCCCGGGGACUUGGCCAUGGUGGGGGACCCAUCGGGGGACACGCUGGAGAAGUUUGUGGAGAGUUUGUAGCAUUUAUGGGGGUAGAUUAAAAGAAAAAUGCUUUCCCUCUCCUUUCCAGCUUUUCUCCCCUCAAAGAACUUUUGUACUGACAUGUAAAAAGUUUAAAGGAAUUUAAAAAAUAAAGUCAACAAUGCUAGGGAAUGUCUCCUAAUGUGAGAGACGCCCGUUUCUUCCUACAAGUCAAGGGAUUUGAAAAUUGCUGUUAAAGAAAAAAGGAAAAUCACAAAGGAUAUAUUUUUGGUUUGGACCAGUUUUGGUCUGUUUGUUUUUGUUUUGUUUUGGUAUGAAUUCAUGACUUUUUUUAAAAGAAUUUAUGGAACUAUUUCAUUAUAUUAUUCAUACAUUUUAUUUUGUACCUUUGCGAACUUUAAAACAUGUUUUGUGUUGAAAGACUGUAAAAUAAUUUUGCCUGGGAAGCAGGCCAGCUUCUCUCUAUAAUCUCUCUCCUCAUUCCUUACAAAUGGAUUCUUAAUGAUGUACCGAUUUUCAAAAGGAUAUACUUUUGAGAAGAAUUCCUUUUCCCUUUGUUAAUUGUAAAGUCUGUGCAAAUAAAAGUAUUCAUUUGUAUAGAUAGGGCCUAGAAUAUUGCACGCACGCACACACACACACACACACACACAUGCACACACACACAACCAAAAUACCAGGUCCCGCAAACACACACACACAAACACAUGCAUACACACCAAUGUAAACACUCAAGUCCAUGUGAACAUCUCACUGGCCUGGAACCGGAAUUUGUCUUGCAGAUGUAGAAAAUUGUUGCUUUGUUUCUCCUUUGAGAUCUUUGAAAUUAGUCCUAUAAAUAUAGUUAUAUAAAAACAAUUUAAUUCCUAUACUGCCCUGAACGGAUCAGUUUGACUGCUGAUUUGAACAGAGAAAGAGUUCUGUCUAUCCUCCUCCCCCAAACACGAAACUUGAAUCGAGGGUGAUCUUUUUCUCUUGUGUAAAAUCAUGCAAGUUAUUACGAAAUGCUAUAAAUAUAAGGGAAAAAAAUCACUGUAUAAACAUAAAACAGCUCAUUUCUUACUUAUAUACCAUAUUGUUAAAUAAACUGUGUGCAACAGGCUGAAA